CCCCCCCUUCUCCCAUUCCCUUCCUUCUUCUCCCAUGGUUUCCCAUUAAAAACCCUAAUUUCUCUGCUGCGACCCUUCUAUUUAUCGCUUCACUCUUCACUCCCACAGGGAGUAAUCGGAAGAAUCGAUUUUUUCUUUUUUUUUUUUAAUUUUUUUUUUGGGAGAGAUCAAGGGUUGGAAUAUAUGUCCUUCAAUCAAUCAAGGCCCGAUAAGAACGAGAGCUACAGCCAGUAUCGCAAAUCCGGGCGAUCCAGUAAUUUCAAUCCACCGCGAGGCUCUUCAGGCAAUCACUCUAAGCCCGGCGGUGCCGGUGGGUCCGCCCCUACCCCGUCGAUCGCUUCUAAUCGUAGUUUUAAGAAGACUAAUAAUGCUCAAGGAGGGCAAUCUAGAGGAGGUCUUCUUCCUGUAAAUUCUACGGAUUCGAGUAAUGCUCCUAACCCGCGAGGAGUGCAAAAUGGUGCAGUUGCCAAGCAUACAGAAGCACCACAUAUCCAGAGAAGCACCAGAGAUGUUCCUAAAGCUCCAACUUCUCAAUCUUCCCCCUUGAGUUCUGAUGGGGCUUCGCCCACUACCCCGGCGAAGGGUGCUGGAGAUCAACCUAAGGAAUUUUCUUUCCAAUUUGGGUCGAUAAGUCCCGGAUUCAUGAAUGGUAUGCAGCUUCCAGUUAGGACUAGCUCAGCUCCUCCUAAUUUAGAUGAACAGAAACGUGACCAGGCACGCCAUGAAUCUUUUAGACCAGUUCCUCAAAUGCCUAUACCGUUAGCUCCUAAGCCACAUGCACAAAGGAAGGAUGCUGGAGCUGGUGAUCAACCUAAUGCCGGACAGCCGAUACAACAGAAGGAUUCUGGUACCUUCAACCAACCUAAUACUGGGGAUGCUCACAUAGUUCAAAAGGCUAAAAAGGAUGUGCAAGCACCACCAAAUCAUCCGCCAAUCCAAACUCAGAAGCCCACCAAUCCUAUGUCUGGAAUCCCUAUGACAAUGCCUUUCCACCCGCCACAAGUACCUGGGCCGUUUGGAGGUCCCAACCCACAGAUGCAAUCACAGGGCUUAACCCCCAGUUCACUGCACAUGUCCAUUCCUGUGCCAUUGCAGAUUGGAAGCUCUCCUCAAGUGCAACAGCCAAUGUUUGUCCCUGGUCUUCAUCCCCAUCCCAUGCAGCCACAGGGUAUUAUUCAUCAGGGACAGGGCUUGGGUUUUGCACCUCAAAUAGGUUCUCAGUUGCCUCCUCAAUUAAGCAACUUAGGCAUGAAUGUAACUUCGCAGUACCCUCAACAGCAAGGAGGGAAAUUUGGUGGCCCUCGUAAGUCUGCUGUUAGAAUUACUGAUCCGAAGACGCAUGAAGAGCUAAUAUUUGACAAUAAGCAAACAAAUGCAUAUGCUGAUACUGGUUCUUCAGGCCCUAGGCCACAAUAUAAUCUUCCCUCUCAAACUCAGCCUCUUCCAUUUGCACCAAGUCAUGCAAUGAACUACUAUCCCAAUUCUUACAAUCCCAAUCCUUUAUAUUUUGCAAGCCCGAGUUCCCUUCCAUUGCCUAGUGGUCAAGCUGCACCAAAUUCUCAGCCUCACAUGUUUAAUUAUCCAGUCAGCCAGGGCUCUCAAAAUGUUCCGUACAUUGAUCUGCAUGUUAAGAAGCCUGGUGGGGGCCCAAUGCAUGGAAUUUCAGAUCCACCUAAUAGAGAGCAUAUUCGUGAUACUCAUAGUUUGCAGCCCCCUGCUCCCUCAGGAACAGUUCACGUUACAAUCAAAAUGCCUGCUGAUCCUACAGGUGGCAAGGGUUCUGACUCAUUACCAAAUAGAUUACCUGCAACUGAAGAAGGAAAAUCACAAAAACCCUUGAGCCCGUCCGUAGAAUUAAUCCCGCCUUCUUCUCAAAGGGCAGUAGAUACAUCAUUGGAGAGUUCUAUGCACGAUGCAAAAGUUGGAAGAGAACUGAUGAUGAAGUCUUCAUCUGCAGUAUCUAAGCAGUCUACUGAAGCACCUCCAAUGGUUUUACUCGACGGCCAAGAUUCCAGUUCUGUGCAAUCUUCAUUGAUUGCCUCCUCUGAGGAGUCUGAGUUAGCUGGAACACAUAACGAGGGGAGAAGGGAUAAUUUAUCAAGGUCAGACUCACACAAGGAUCAUCAGAAGAAAACAAGCAAGAAAGGAUACACCCAAUCACAGCAUCAGAUUAGUGGACAAGCUUCAUCAGCUUUGGGACUGCCCGGUCAAGUGCAGGACUCAACUUCUCCUUCUACAGUUUCUGAAGCUGUCGAAGCUAAAUCUUCAACCAUUCCAGUCGCUGUAGAAGGCAAGUCAGUAUCAGUCACUCUGGAUUCUUCAGAACCUAAGGAGGUCGGUUUGGCUUCUGCAGCUCAUUCUUCUGGAAAUUCUGGUCUGGGGAAUGUCCAGAACUCAGAUCUCAUUUCUGAUGAUAAGCAGGAUGCGUGCUCAAAAGAAAAGCAUUCAGAACCUGUGAUACUGAAAACAGAAGAACGGGGACAAGCAACAUCUUCUGAACUUCCUGUAGAUUUCAAGAAUUCUGAAAAUCUCUCUGAUCCUGAUGUUAAAUCUGUGGAGGUUUCUGAGAAAUUGGUUGGGAGCUCAACUACUGCUAGCAACGAGGUUUCCACCUCUGAAGCUGCCCAAAGGGCUAUGGAUGAACCUGUGAGUUGUCAUGCAGGAGCUGACGUGUCUGCUUCCGUGAGUUCUAGUUCAACUGUUUCUGAAAAUACCCAAGGUGACAAGUUAGUUGUUGAUUCUUCUGGUAGAGAUGACAAUAGGAGUAGCAAUGAAGUUUUAAUGAAAACAGGUGUCAUAUCUGACCAGCCAUCUAAACCUGCUCUAAACCUCGGACUUACAGAUGGAAAAAAUGAUGGAGAGGUGUUGGAUACCGUUGGUACCGGUGGCAACAGCUCACAUGGUGUUUAUGGCACCAAGGAUAAAUCCGUUGUAGAGAUGAGCAGGGUUAAGGGUAAUACUGGAAAAGGGAGGAAGAAGCUAAAGGCAAUUCUUCAAAUGGCAGAUGCUGCAGGAACAACUUCUGACCUUUACAAUGCAUAUAAGCGACCUGAAGAGAAGAAAGAGGCAGUAGCACAUUCUGAGAGCAUUGAGAGGACAGAAAGUAGAUCUUCUAGUGUGGACACGGAGCAGUCCGUUGAGGCUACUAAAGAAGAUGCUGUUGCACUGAAUAAAGCUGAGCCUGAUGAUUGGGAAGAUGCUGCUGAUAUUGCUACACCCAAACUGGAAUCGGCAAAUGGAGAUGGUGUAGGUACAUCAGUGCUUGACGGUGAUGACAGAAUGGGAGAUAUGGCCAAGAAGUAUUCUAGGGAUUUUCUCCUCAAGUUUGCCGAGCAGUUUCUGGACCUUCCACAUAACUUUGAAGUUACACCUGAUAUAGAGUCCUUGAUGAGUACUCAUGCCAAUGCAUCUCAUCAUCCUGAUCGUGAUUCAUAUCCAAAUACAGGAAGAGUAGAUAGACCAUCAAGUGGAGGAUCACGUUUGGAUCGCCGUGGCAGUAAUUUGGUUGAUGAUGACCGAUGGAGCAAAUUGCCUGGACCUUUUGCUCCAGGACAGGAUCCUCGUUUGGAUCUAGCUUAUGGUGCUAAUGCGGGUUUUCGACCUGGUCAAGGAGCCAAUUUUGGUGUUCUAAGGAACCCCCGAGCACAGGCUCCUGUUCAGUAUGCUGGAGGGAUACUUGCUGGGCCUUUGCAGUCUAUGGGACCACAGGGAGGGUUACAAAGAAAUAAUUCUGAUGCAGAUAGGUGGCAACGAGCUCCCAAUUUUCAGAAGGGUUUAAUUCCUUCGCCGCAAACUCCAUUGCAGACUAUGCACAAAGCUAAGAAGAAGUAUGAGGUGGGUAAGGUGUCAGAUGAAGAAGAAGCCAAGCAAAGGCAAUUGAAGGCCAUACUAAACAAGUUAACACCCCAGAAUUUUGAAAAGCUCUUUGAGCAAGUAAAAGCAGUAAACGUCGAUAAUGGCAGAACUCUAACUGGAGUAAUAUCACAGAUUUUUGACAAAGCUUUAAUGGAGCCUACUUUCUGUGAAAUGUAUGCCAACUUCUGUUUCCAUCUUGCUGGAGAACUGCCUGAUUUAAGCGAAGACAACGAGAAGAUGACUUUUAAGAGAUUGUUACUCAAUAAGUGUCAGGAGGAAUUUGAGAGAGGUGAAAGAGAACAGGAAGAAGCAAACAAAGUUGAAGAGGAAGGUGAGGUAAAGCAAUCUGAAGAGGAAAGGGAAGAAAAACGCAUAAAGGCUAGGAGAAGAAUGCUGGGUAACAUUAGAUUAAUAGGCGAAUUGUACAAGAAGAAAAUGUUGACUGAAAGAAUAAUGCAUGAAUGCAUCAAGAAGUUACUGGGGGAAUAUCAGAAUCCAGAUGAGGAAGAUGUUGAAGCUUUGUGCAAAUUGAUGAGCACAAUUGGAGAGAUGAUAGAUCAUCCCAAAGCAAAAGGCUAUAUGGAUUCUUAUUUUGAGAUCAUGACAAUGUUAUCAAACAACAUGAAAUUAUCAUCCAGGGUCCGCUUCAUGCUUAAAGAUGCAAUUGAUCUGAGGAAGAACAAAUGGCAGCAGAGGAGAAAAGUUGAAGGCCCGAAAAAGAUUGAGGAAGUACACAGAGAUGCUGCUCAAGAGCGGCAGGCUCAAACUGGUAGGUUUGGUCGUGGUCCAGGCAUGAAUCCUUCCGCAAGGAGAGGGGGCCCACCUAUGGAUUAUGGCCCUAGGGGAUCAGCUGCGUCAUCCCCGGGUAAUCACAUGGGAGGUUUUCGCGGAUAUCCACAUCAGGCUCGUGGAUAUGCUGCUAGUCAGGAUGCUCGUCAAGAUGAAAGACAGUCUUACGAAGCUAGGACACUGUCUGUUACAUUGCCUCACAGAGCUGGUGGAGAUGAUUCUAUUACUCUUGGACCACAGGGUGGUCUGGCUCGAGGAAUGUCCAUUAGAGGACCUCAACCAAGUUCUGCUGCUCCUGCCGAAAUAUCCCCUCUUCCAGGAGAAUUGAGAGGCGCACCAACAGCUUUUUUGAACGGAUAUAGCUCUGUAUCAGAGCGUGCAACCUUAACUUCCAAAGAGGAUCCAAUUUCAAGACAAAUGCCAGAGAGAUAUUCUGGUCCAACUUUAUUGGACCAUACAAGUGGUCAAGACCGUUAUUCAAAUUAUGGGAAUAAGGAUUUGAGACAUUCAGGUCAUUUUGAUAGAUCUCGUCCGAUUUCACCUGCCACACCGUCCCCAACUUUGACCUCAAGUCUUCCAUCUGACAAGGUAUUGUCUGAAGAUCGGUUGCGAGAAUUAUCACUGACGGCAAUCAAGGAGUUCUACAGUGCCAGAGAUGAGAAGGAAGUAGCUCUGUGCAUUAAAGACUUGAAUUCCCCAGACUUCCAUCCAACCAUGAUUAGUCUCUGGGUAACCGAUGCGUUCGAGAGGACGGAUUUGGAAAGGGAUCUUUUGGGCAAACUUGUCGUGAACCUCUCCAGGGCUAAUGAUGGCACCUUGAACCAAGCUCAUCUUGUUAAAGGGUUUGAAGCAGUUCUUGCCACUUUAGAAGAUGCUGUAAACGAUGCCCCAAGGGCUCCAGAAUAUUUGGGUCGGAUUCUUGCCAAAGUCAUCACAGAAAGCAUGGUUACCUUGAAAGAAGUUGGAGAUCUAAUCUAUCAAGGUGGAGAGGAACCUGGAGCCCUUCGUGAAGCUGGGCUUGCAGCUGAUGUUCUUGGCAACGUCUUGAAAGCAAUCAGGUCAGAGAAAGGAGAAGGGUUCCUAACGGACGUGCGCACGAACUCGAAUUUGCGGUUGGAGACAUUUCGGCCUCCCGACCCUAUGAAAUCGAAAGUGUUAGAGGAAUUUAUUUAGGAGUAGUCAAUCCAAAUUGCUGCUGCUGUAAUUUUGUUAGUUGGAAUCGUGAUCAUCUCAUCUCAUCUCAUCUUUUCCCCCCAAUGCUUUUUUUAGGGUACUUAAAUUAAUUUGCAGGAAAAAGAAAUUUAUAUAUGUUUUUCCUUUUGAGGGUUGGGUGGGAAGUUUCAUAUAAUUGAAGGGUUGGUUUAUCCAUCAUCA